AUGAAUCAGGGAUGGAUUGCCGACAAGAUCUCUCGCAAGUGGUCAAUCAUGGUGGCAGUGAUAAUCUUCCUUUUUGGUUCCGCGCUGCAGACUGGAGCCAUGAGUUUCGACAUGCUGGUAGGUGCCCGGUUUGUCGGAGGUAUUGGUGUCGGCAUGCUGGCUAUGGUCGCACCGUUGUAUAUCUCUGAGAUCGCGCCGCCGGAGAUUCGGGGUACAUUGCUUGUUCUGCAGGAGCUUUCAAUUGUUACUGCUAUUGUGGUUGCUUUCUAUAUCACCUAUGCUACACGAUACAUUCCUAAUGAAUGGUCGUGGCGCCUCCCUUUCCUCAUUCAGAUGAUUCCUGCUAUAUUCCUCGGCGUCGGUAUGCCCUUUCUACCAUACUCACCCCGUUGGCUCGCUGGCGGAGGCCGAGAUGAAGAAGCACUCCAGGUGCUCUGCAAACUACGCGGUCUCGACACUACUGACGAGCGCGUGAUCCGAGAAUGGGUUGAGAUUCGCUCUGAGGUAGCCUAUUGCAACGAAGUGAGCAUUGUGAGACACCCAAAUUGUCAAGAUGGAAGAUGCACCAGCCGUGCUAUGCUGCAUGUCUGGAGCUAUCUGGACUGUUUCCGCAAAGGGUGUUGGAAGCGUACGCAUGUCGGCAUGGGACUGAUGUUUUUCCAACAAUUUGGCGGUGUCAAUGCCCUCAUCUACUACUCACCCAGCCUAUUCGAAGGAAUGGGUCUAAACUACACGAUGCAGCUCCACAUGUCCGGCGUCAUCAACAUCUGCCAGAUGGUAGCUUGUUUCUGGUCACUAUGGGGAAUGGAUAAAUUCGGCCGGAGACCUUUGCUCUUUGGCGGUGCUAGCUGCAUGAUUCUUGCGCAUCUCAUCAUUGCCGUCCUGAUGAGCCAAUACCAAUCGAACUGGCCUGCGCAUUCCACGGAGGGCUGGGUUUGCGUCGCCUUCUUGUGCUUCUUCAUGCUGACAUACGGUGCUUCUUGGGGUCCCGUCCCUUGGGCUCUCCCCGCUGAGAUCUUCCCUUCCUCGCUACGUGCUAAGGGUAUGGCGUUCUCCACAAUGUCGGUAUGGCUGAACAACUUCAUCAUUGGGCUUAUCACUCCGCCGCUCGUGCAAAACACUGGGUAUGGAACUUAUGUGUUCUUCUGUGCAUUUUGUGCCCUGUCAUUCGCUUGGACGUGGUUUUUCGUUCCGGAGACGAAUGGGAAAACCUUGGAGGAAAUGGAUGCUGUCUUUGGAGAUAAUUCUUCCAGUGUAGAGACAGAACAGCGCGCGAGGAUUGAGGCAACGAUCUGGGCCAAUGCUGCUGCACGAUCUGAUGGACUUGAAGGCACUCAUCAAAUUACUUAG